AACUUCUUGCUCAGCAAUUAUUAACCAGGUCACUUCUAAACGAGGAUCCUAACUCUGCUUUGGUGUGGUGAUUUGAUUCCUGACAAAAUGUGCGUGAGGUGUCUUGGAUUCGUUCUCUUGCUUUGGUUUCUUGGAGUGCUUCAUGCACAAAAGGCAACCCAGCAGUGUGCUGCUCCUCGCCUGAAUGAGGGUUAUUUUGUCCCUAAACAUGAGAUGUAUCCUCAUGGAACAACGCUCCGUUAUGCCUGUGAUAGGGGCCACAAACCAGCAGUGGAGGGCUGGUGGGCAACAAGCAUAUGUGAAAAUGGCAAAUGGUCUCAUCAGCCACAAUGUAUAAAUGAAAAAGCCUGCAUUCAUCCAACUGUUCCCAAUGCAAAACACCCUGACAACUCAAACAGUUGGUAUGAGGAGGGAAGUACCAUAACUAUAACAUGUAAUAAUGGGUAUGAACCAAAAGCCACCACAGUGAAAUGUGUGAAUGGAACAUGGAGCUCUGCACCAGUCUGUGACAAAAGUAUCGAUGCAUGCGAUGAGCCUCCUCAAAUCCCUCAUGCAGUCAUCAUUGAUCGGGGAUACCAGGAAGUGUUUGCGGUCGGUUCUAGAGUGCAAUAUGAAUGUGAAGGUGGAUACAGUACAGAGGGAACAAACACCCAAAAAUCCAUCAUUUGCUCAUCCGGAAGCUGGAGUGAAGGUCCAAUAUGCAAAAGUCCCAAUGAUUGCGUUGAACCUCCUCAAAUCCCUCAUGCAGUCAUCAUUGAUCGGAGAUACCAGAAGGUGUUUGCGGUCGGUUCAAGAGUGCAGUAUGAAUGUGAAGAUGGAUACACUACAGAGGGAACAAACACCCAAAAAUCCAUCUUUUGCUCAUCUGGAAGCUGGAGUGAAGGUCCAACAUGCAGAUCUCCUCCCAGCUCUGGAUCAAAUGGUGGAGGAAGUGGACACCCCUUUGCAACAAUUGACAAAUGUGGAGACAUUCCUGCAGUUCCAAACGGUGAUGUUGUGCAAACUGGUCUAAGAGGUUUGAAAUACCAGUGUGUAAAUUAUUACAAACUAGAGGGUCCAGAUAUAGUGGUUUGCUACAGAGAUGGCACCUGGUCUCAAGUGCCCACUUGCAAAGCUGCCUUCUGUUCUGUGGACACCAAUGUAUAUCCUCAGUUAAAAUCUGUUGGAGUGAAAUACAUAAAAGAUGGUGAGAGUGAGAGAUUGGAAUGUGAAGACCUCUGGUUGACGGAUCACUUUUCUCAGGCGCAGUGCACUGAUGGAAGAGUGAAACUUUCCAACUGCUGUAACAGGUUCGAACUAAAAGUGGGUUACUGCUAAGGUGAAGAUACUGCUGCUGUUGGAAGCUCCUGAGAGACAACUGGCUUAUGAUAAUACUCUCACAUUCUAUGUUGAGUUUUAUUUUGAUCUAGAAAUGUGUACAGUUCACACCAGAAGUGAGUACACCCCUGUGUAAUAUAAUGCAAAUGUCAAAUGAUUCAACAUUGUAUUUGCAUUACUUCUAAGUUGAAUAGUGUUGUAUUUAUGUGUUCUACUUAUUUACUUAAAUGAAAUAUAAAAAUUAAAAGAUUAGAUUUAUUAUGAUAAAAAUGCAAGCCCCAGAAUGGAAACUUAAUGUAACAAAAGUCAACCAGAUUUUUGGUGCCAGGCUCAAUAAUCCUCCUCGACACAGAGGAUACUAGAGUUACUGUUAAUGCUGGAAUAUUUGGUACCUGCAAAGCUUCUGCAAAUUGGAAGUCAUCAUGUCACCAAGAAUUUUAGUACAUCCACAGAUAUUCAUGGUGUCAUCUGUAAUUAUCAUUUCCCCUUUUGCACUCACGCAACCUUUGUCAUCGCAGUACUUCACUGUCAGGACUAUGCAUUCACUGUGGUACACAAUAAACAUGUGACCCAUCAGAGCUAAACAAAUGUAUCUUUGUAUCUUAGUUUCAUCUGACCACAAAACAGCCACCAUGCUUGUUUUUUACUUCCAAUCAGUCAGGGUGUUUUGCUUGGACGCCGUCCGUAGAGGUUGAUGUAUGAUGAUUUUCCACAAUGAGUGAUUCCAGCAACUCCAGUGUCCAUUGAAAACCUCUGUGCCGAGUCUGAAGCUCUUGACCAUUUGUUUUUCCAGAGCUAGAUUGUACAAGAAGCACAAUGUCCUUGGCAUUGUUUUAGGAGGAUGACCGCUGCAGCUCUGAUUAGUGGUAUUAUCUCUCAUUCUGUGCCUCAUGACUGCUGCUUCAAAUGUGUUCUCACAGACUUUUUGUUGGCAAUCAGCCUCUCUGUAGCCUUUUCCAUCUUUGUGAAGUCUCAUGAUCACAUUUAUCACUUCCUCUGGCAAUUCUUUUAUAUGUGGAGCCAUGAUGACAACAUAGCCCAUAGGUCAAUAACUGACAAAGUUCUGGUCUUCAAGUGCCAUUUUUGGACCAUAUUUAUCACAUGUGAAAUCGCAUGCGUAUUGGUGAAUUCACUGAAUUCUGAGUUUCUACUUUGAGGCCCGCAUUUUCAUUAUUUUUUUUCUAAAGUAAUGAUUUUUGAUUGUGCAUAAGAGGAAUCACUUCACUGUUAAAGCUUUUGGAAUGAAAUAUAAUGUGGAAUCAUUUGACAUUUAAGUGAUUUAGCACAUUGGUGUACUCACUUCUGUAUAUUAUGGAGGAGCAAGUUGUUCGUUUGUGCUCAAAGCUGCAAAAAAUAAAUCAGCUGAUAAAUGUGGACUAAA